AUCGAUUCUACUCAGCAAUCUACUUCAUUCCUUUCACUAUAGGACUACACAAAGCAAGGAUACAAGCUCAGCAUAACUUACCUCAUCACUCGCUCCAACUCACAUUUUCAAUAUCAUGACUUCAGGACGCAACGCAUUGCUUCAGUUCAAGGCAGGACGAUGCUUCCGGGAUGGAACUACAAAUACAGUCAUGCCAGAUUCAACUAAAGGGUUGGUCUACAUGGAGGAAGACGAAGGACUGAUGCAUUUUUGCUGGAAGAAUAGGACGACAAAUACUGUGGAGGAUGAUUUGAUUCUCUUCGCUGGUGAUGCAGAGCUUAAGAAAGUCCCUGAAUGCACUACUGGUCGUGUGCUGAUGCUGCAAUUCAAGUCCUCCUCACAAAAGCUGUUCUUCUGGCUUCAAGAGGCUAACUCCGACCGGGAUCAGAUCAUUCUUCAACAGGCAAAUGCACUCAUCAAUCAAGGACAGGAUGGUGAAACUGGAAAUUUUGAAGAGGAUAUCACCAUGGAAUGAUUUUAGAGCCCUUAAAAUAUAAAGAUAGAAACAAAUGCCAGGGACGAUUCAAUUUUAGUACCAAAGUUCAGGGGCGCACCGUAAAUCGUAGGCGAUCUAUCAUAUAGUUAUAAUUCUGGGUCAUAGGAUCUGAAUUAGGAUAAAGCGAGUAUUCGGGCAACAUUUGUGGCCAAAUAUUCAAAUAAAGGCAACCGGGAUUAUUUUG